AAUAUACCACGAGUCCUUCCUCCGCCUCCCUCCGCGGUGUGCCCUCUGAAAUUGAACUGGAAGCACUGGGAACAGUGGACUGAGCCAUGGUUGAGGAGGGGAACGUAGCGGAGCGUGCCGCCGGCGAGACGUCGGAGGAGGACAUCGAAGCCUUGCUUGACGCAGCGAGAUACGGAGAUUUGGAGGAUGUCACGAGGUUAGCAGAAGCCGGUGUCUCCAUCGACUCCAAGGACGAGUACAGCCGCACCGCGCUUCAUAUGGCAGCAGCUAAUGGGCACCUUGAAGUCGUGAGCUUCCUCAUCAGUAAAGGAGCGGACAUUAAUGCUACUAAUGAGGAGAAGAACACGCCUCUUCAUUGGGCUUGCCUCAAUGGCCAUGUUCAGGUUGUAAAAGAUCUGAUUCUUGCAGGAGCGGAUGCAAGCAUGCUAAACAGCCAUGAGCGGACUCCAAUUGACGAGGCCGUGGGCAGGGGGAAAAUGGAGAUCGUUGACGCUAUUAACGAAACAGCAGCACAGGUUGAACUCAACAGUGCCAACAUGUCCUAACGGGUGAAACUUGAGCGAGCUUAGACAUACAAUACAAGCCAUGCUUUGUGGGGGAAUCUUGUAAUACCUCGCCAUGUAAUAUGAGCUUGUAAUGAGACAUAUUUUGGUAAUAUAUGCUUUGGAUUAACUUGAAUUAUAUGAACAGAUCAAACAUUUAAGAGCUUGAAUCGAUUACUGAUCA